UUCAUUAUUUACUUCGGAUUCAGUGCAAAUCCACUUCCUGUUAUCCCCCAAACGUAGCAGAGAAAGGUUUUCGAAAAAAAAAACAGCCAUGGGGAAGGGUUUCAAUAAUUAUAUGACCAAGAAAUUUUUUCAUCCAUCAAGCAAGGAAAAUAUCAAAAGGGUAUGGAUGGCUCAACAGAAAACAGAAUUUGAAAAGAAGAAACAGGAAGAUUUACUUAAUCAGUAUCAGAAAGAACAAGAAACAUAUCAAAAUAGGGCUUUACUUGGUGAUGAAAAGGCAAAGCUUGGUUUAAGUUUUAUGUAUGAUGCCCCACCUGGACUGAAGAAAAAGGAAGAUGAAAAAGAUGUUGAAACAGAGGUUAAGUUUGAAUGGCAGAGAAAAUAUAAUGCUCCAAGAGAACAGUAUGCCAAAAAUGAUGAUGAAAUACGUGACCAGCCUUUUGGUAUUGAGGUUCGUAAUGUUCGCUGUAUCAAAUGUAGAAAAUGGGGCCAUGUUAAUACAGACAAAAUAUGUCCACUAUUUAAUAGAGAUUUGACAGCAGAACCACCUCAACCAUCAACAAGUGCAGCAGCUUUAGUAGAAGGGAUGAAGGAGGAUGGAUUUAAAUUAAAGCAAAGCAUCCUGGGAAGAAUGGCUGAAGAUCCAUCUGCAGAACAUGAGAAACUGUUAGAAAGUGGAGAUGAAGAUGACCCUGAGGUUAAGUUUCUGAAGUCACUCAGUGCUAAACAGAAAAAAAAGUUACUUAAGAAACUGAACAAACUUCAAGAAGGGAAAGAAAAGAAGUCGAAGAAAGACAAAAAGCAGAAAAAGAAAAAGAAGCAUAGGUCUUCAUCAGGUUCUGAAGAUGAAAGCUCAAGAAGAAAAAAGAAGAAACGAAAUGAAGAAACUGACAGUGAAAGUAGUAGUGAAGAUUCAAUGAAGAAAAGAAGAGACCAUUCUAGUUCAAACAUAAAUUUGAAGUCUAAAAGAAGAGAUAAAGGCAAAGGAAAGAUGAGAAGAUACAGCUCCAGUCCUGACAAAAGGUCAUCAAGAGAGAGACAAAGAAAUUACAAGGACUACAAACAGAACAGUUAUAAAAGUUCUAGUGACUCAGACUCAAGUAGUAACACAGGAAGUGAUUUUUAUGAGCAAAAGUAUAAUAAACAGCCACAUGAUUCUAGAAAGAAAGAUAGAAGAAAUAGAUCACCUGAUGAUAGAACAGAUUCAAGAGAUAGAGUCAGAGAUUCUAAAUCAAGUAGAAUAUCUAAAGAGCAAUCACAUCAUAGAUAUACAAGGUCAAGAAGUAGGACACCAUCCAAAAGUAAAUCUAGGAGGAACAGAUCUAUGUCUAAUGAAAGAAGAGAGCAAUCACAUUAUAGAUAUACAAGGUCAAAAAGUAGGUCACCAGAUGAAAAUAAGUCUAGGAGAAAUAGAGCUAUGUCAAAUGAAAAAAGAGACCAAUCCCAUCAUAGAUAUACAAAGUCAAGAAGUAGGUCACCAGAUGAAAAUAAGUCUAGGAGAAAUAGAUCUAGGUCAGAUGAGAGAAGGUCCUAUUCUCGAGAAAGAUAUGAGUCAAGAUCGAAGUACAAAAAUGGAGGUCAAAGAAGUAGUUCAAGAUCUCCAGAUCGUCAACAUUCAAGAUACAGCACGUAUGGUGGAAGGUCAUCAGUCAACACCCCACCAGUAAAAGGCUGGUUCUCAACUGCCGAAUUAACACCAGGAGCUAAGGAUAAAAGAUCAAGAACUUCAGUAUGGAUAGUUGGAUCAUCUAUUGUUUACUGGGCUCAUAAGAGGGCAUCUCAGCUGAGAGACAUCAACCUGGGUGUAAAAACCUCAGAAGCCUGUGUAGAAUGGUAUGGAACACGAGGAAUGAGAUGGAAUGCACUGUUGCCAAAGUUGAUGGAACUUGUACAGUCAAAACCACCCCCAGAUGUAUUAAUAUUAUAUGUUGGUUCAAACGAUGUUGGCUAUGUCAAACCAAUGGACUUGGUCAAAAUGAUUAAGAAUGAUUUAGGUACCAUUAAAGAAAUGUGCCCUGAUACUCAGUUGAUUUAUAAUGAAAUCCUGUCCAGAAUCAACUGGAGAGGUGCUCCAAAUAAUGAGGAUGGCGAGCAACAAAGAUUGACUAUAAAUAAAUAUGUCAAACCUGCAGUGGAAUCCAUGGGUGGAUUUAUGAUUCAUCAUCCAGAUAUAAGAAAUGUAAAUCUCGCACUGUACCGUGACGAUGGGGUCCAUCUCAAUGAUGUUGGUUAUGAUAUAUUUAAUGGUAAUGUUGCCGACACAGUCAGAGCAGCCCUGUUGAAAAUUAAACUUUAAAUUAAACAAUCAUAUUAUUUAUUCAAAUAUUUUAUUUUGAACUUGUGUAUUAUUAUUUUUAGAAAAAAAAUGUUUAAUGCAAUAAAAUGAAUAGAUGUAAA